UAAAUCCACCACGCUCUCACAGAUGCUGCACAAGAGAUAUUCCGAUAUUUGUCGUUGCUGAAACAACAAACUUAACACAGUGAGGAGCCCCUGGACACCGAGGGCAACAUUUAACCGACUCUUCCUCUUCUUUGGCUUGUAUUUGGAGAACUGAGAUGGCAAAAGGAAAGAUUGGUAAGCCAAGAGCCGACAAACAGCCUGAGGACACUGUUGAAAAUAAAGUCACCUCAGGGAAGGACACAAAGGAAAACAAACCAGCAACUAACAAGGAUGGUGUAUCCAAAGCACAGUCAUUUUUCCAGAUUCUGAGGAGUCCAAGCAAACCUAGAUCCCCUCUGAGUGACAGUUCAAGCGUGUUGAUCCAGGAAGGAAAUGAAUCUGAUGCCACUAACCUUGACACGUCCAAGCUGAAAAAAGACAUGCCUAAUGAAAUAAAACCUGACAGCUGUGAGUCCAAAGAGCAGAGGGCUGAGAUGGCUUGUCACAGUCAUGGGAUCAAAGAUGAAGCCACUGACCAACUGGAGCAAAAAGAAUCCACCUCGCACACAAACGUCAAGUCUGCAGCAGACAGCAACGUUUCAAAAUCCAAAUCUCGGAGUCUGACUGCUCGCAAACCCAGAGCGAAAAAGACAGAGAAUAAAGCUCCCCAAAACAGAAAGGUCACAGACUAUUAUCCAAUCAGACGGAGUAACAGAAGAACAAAGGAAGAGUUAAAGAAUGAAGGGCACAAACACAUUGACGACCUGAUAAAGAACGGCAUUGAAGACGGACUGCAGGUGAAACACAUAGAGGGCAAAGGACGAGGGGUUUUUGCUGUGAAUGGCUUCAAGAAGGGAGACUUUGUUGUGGAGUAUCAUGGAGAACUACUGGACCUAGCUGAGGCUAAAGUAAGAGAGGCCCAGUAUGCCCAGGAUCCCCAAACAGGCUGUUACAUGUACUACUUCCAGUAUCAAUCCAGAACGUACUGUGUGGACGCCACAAAGGAAACAAGCCGUCACGGAAGACUGAUAAACCACAGUAAAACCGGCAACUGCCAGACGAGACUUCACGCCAUCGAUGGAACCCCUCAUCUGAUCUUAGUGGCGUCCAAAGACAUCGAAGCAGAGGAAGAGCUGCUAUACGACUACGGUGAUCGGAGUAAAGCCUCGAUCUCGGCUCACCCUUGGCUCAAAUAUUGAAUCCUAAACCACAAGUUCUCAUGUUUCCAGUGAAUUGGUACCCACUGCUGUCCUGUCCAUCUUUUAUAUAAAAGAUGCUACAGAUGAGCCGUCUUCAAAAUACUUUUUUAUGAAGUAUAAAAAAAGGUUUGUUUUAAAUGUAGGGUUCUGCUCAUGAAAGUGUAUUUGUGCAGCUGUUUUUAUCAUGAUUUUAUUUUUUUUCUUAUCUAAUUGUAGCAUAUCGAUGCCUCAGACUUGAAGAGUAUUUCUCCUGGAUAAGUGAUGUUACACAUUAUCUGGGGAGGGGUUUCCGUUAGUGAUGAAUAUAAUUCUGACAAUUCAAUUUCACUAUUGUAAAUUAUUACCUGUGCUGUAAAUUGAGGAAUAAAACACAGAUGAGUUUUCAUUCCA